AUGAAGUCCUUCACUCUUACUAUCCCAUCGUUGCUCGCGUCUUUCGCUAUUGCGGCUCCUUUUGAGCUCGUCUCCAAGCGUCCACUCGCAUCUCAUGAGUGGACCCGAUCUUCCUCUUCUAUCAACCCCAGGGCCAACUGCCCAGCCCUCCUCCCAGCUGGAGAGUUCGAGUUCCCUCACUACAUCACACAGAUCUCGGCCUCAGAGCCUGACAAAGCGUUUGGUCCUCAAUACAAUGGCGUCUUCACACCUAACGACAUCAGCUCUAUCUUCAGCUUCGACAUCCCGGCCAGUCGCACAGAUGCCAACUGCACGCUGGAAUUCAUCUUCCCGAAGCUGGAGGACUUGAAGACAAGCUCUUUCAGUAUCAGUGGGGGUGGGAAUUUCAUUUUCGAGGGGUACAACCCUGGAAGCUGCCCUGGCUCAGCAACAACUUACAACAACCAGCCCGCACCAGGUCCAUUCCCCCCGUUCCCGCCCGUGAAAUUGGAACCAGGCUUCGUCUACACCCUAGACAUCGGUCCAUGUUUUGUGGGUGCUGGAACCUGUGUUGCUGGCAAAACUUCGACAAAUGAUACAACCUUCACUUAUUUCCAGGAUAUUGGAAAUGCUGACAUUGGCGACUGCCCGAUUGGAAUCUACACCACAUACAGCUAUCUUACUUGA